AUGCCGAAACCUAGUAAAAAUAGCUCUAAAGCUUCACCUUAUAAAGAUGCUUUUUUUGAUUUGGGCUCAGUAGAGAAGAAACCAACAAAAAAUGGAAACGUGAAAACUCGUCAAAAGGACUCGGAGGAAUUGCGGCUAGAAGAAGCUAUUUUUGGUAAAACGGAUGAUUUUGAAAGUCAUUUAGGAAACAUGGAAGAUGUAGCCGAUGAGAAAAUGGACGAAGCACCUGAAUUGGGCCACGAAUCCCAGGUUGGUGAAAAUGAUCUGGAAAAAAUUGAGGAUGCAGAUCUUUUCAUGUUUGAUACUGGAGAAAAUUUAUCCCAAAAAGAAAAGCAUGGCAAGGAAACGAAAAUGGAAGUUGAACCAGAGGAACAAGAGGUGAAUGAACCACCUGCCGCAGUUUGGGAAGACAGCGACGAUGAGCGUAUCACAGUAUCUUUACAUGACAAUACUAGACUGAGGAAACUUCGAAGAUACGAAGGUGAAGCCGAACUUAAUGGUGUACAGUAUACCCAAAGGCUGAGGCAACAAUUUGAAAGAAUUUACGCAGUUCCUCAAUGGGCCAAACCCAAUGAAAAGUUGGCCGAUGAAGAUGAGGAAGGCUCUCUUAGUGAAGAUAAUGUACUUCCGACAUCUCUACGUCAAAUAUUUAACUCUUCCGUUUCUUAUGUGAAUAAGAAUUCACGAGUCCUGUUACCUGGUACAAUUGACAUUAAAAGACUAAAGGAUGCUAAUUUCCAGGCUCCUUCUCACAGUGGCAUCCGCUGCAUUUCAUUCCAUCCUUUCUUUCCUCUUCUAUUGACUUGUGGUUUUGACCGAACCAUCCGUAUUUAUCAAUUGGAUGGAAAGGUGAAUCCAUUUGUUACCUCUCUGCAUUUGCGUUCUUCCGCUUUACAAACAGCUCUUUUCCAUCCUGAUGGAAAGCAUGUUGUUGCUGGAGGUAGAAGAAAAUACAUGUAUAUCUGGGAUUUGGAGUCUACCCAGGUCGAAAAAGUGAGCAGGAUGUACGGACAAGAGGAUUUACAACCAAGUAUGGAAAGAUUUCAUAUGGAUACUACAGGAAAAUAUGUUGCUUUAGAAGGAAAAAAUGGAUAUAUCAAUCUACUGAAUUCUAUUACCGGACAGUUUGUUACAAGUUUCAAGAUCGAGGGAACCAUUUCAGAUGUCACAUUUACUUCUGAUGGAAAGGAAAUGCUUGUUUUGAGCUAUGGUGCAGAGAUUUGGCACUUCAAUCUGGAAAAUAGGUCUGUGUCAAAGCGCUGGCACAUUCAGGACGGUGUUGCUACUACUCGUUUUUGUUUGGAUGGAAAUGACAAGUAUCUUGCAAUUGGUAGUAAGAGUGGUAUUGUCAGUGUAUACGAUUUGAAAUCGCCGAGCGAUGAUGAUGGUUUCAAACAGAUUACAUCGCUUGAAAAUGUCACUUUUAGCGUUAAUUCGAUCGCCUUUUCUAAGGAUAGUCAAGUUUUAGCUGUCAGCUCCAGAGGCAAGAAGGAUACUCUGCGCCUGUUCCACGUCCCUAGUUUCAGUGCAUUCCGAAACUGGCCUACUAGCUCUACACCUCUUGGACGAGUAAGCAGUUUAGGCUUUGGUCGUGGUGGUGAACUAUGCGUGGGUAAUGAAGCUGGAAGAGUUGGUUUGUGGAAACUUGCCCAUUACGAUUAA